UUUUGUUGCUCACCUCAGUGCUUCCGGUACACCGUAAUCCUCACUUAGCGGCUGUGCUCAGCUGCUGCUGUACCGACUCCCGCGGUGGAGACGGGAGGCAUGAAGGAGUGCAGCCGGAUACGUCUGGGACUCCGGUAUGGCGGGGGUGCCGAGUGUCACUGUGUCACCGUUAGAGGAGGACGGGGGGAUGUCUCCGGAGUCAGUGAAACAGGUGCCCGGCGCAGUGACAUUAGCCUGUGAAGAUGGACCCGCGGCUGUCAGUGAGCCUUCUGCCCCCGGGGAGGAUGGGAUGGGCAAGCUACCUGUAGACAGAUGUGAGGCGCCAGCCAUGUCCUUGAUGAAAAUGGAGGAGAAGUUUUCCUCGGGCCAGUAUCGCGUCAUUGAGGACUUUGUGGCAGACUUCAGGACCAUGCUGGAGGGAUGCUACCAGCUGCAUGGGGCUGACCACUGGCUGUCCAAGCAAGCCCAAAAACUGGAGCAGAUGCUGGAGCAGAAGCUGGCGGUGCUGUCCCGGAAUCUGAGAGAUAAAACAUCUGCAACGAUAACCUCUGUAAGUUGUGUAAGACCGGAAGACGAUGUAGGAUACACUUUAACUAGACGGAGACUAUCAGCAAGAAAUUUGGCCAGCGCAAACAGUGCGGCUAUGGAAUCUGUAAUGGUGCAAAUCUUAAAACAAGCAGAGUUUUUAAGGGCGAAGGAAGAAAAGAGAAUGAAGGAGCAAGAGAAGAAAGAAGCAGAGGAAGCCAACCAGAAGGAGAUGGACGAGUGGGAUCGAGGUCUCCUGGCUCUUGCAACACCUUCAUCAGUAGAGACAAUGUGGGAAAUACCAGCCAUAGGACAUUUUCUUUGCUUGGCUCAGCAAAUUUUAAACCUCCCUGAGAUAGUGUUUUAUGAACUGGAGCGGUGUUUAUUGAUGCCUCAGUCUAAUGUAUUUUUGGCAAAAAUAAUGACUUCAUUAUUGAGUCCUCCACAUCGUAGACCAAUGUUGCAUCGGCGCCCCAACCUUCCAUACAGAGCCUGGGAAGCUGCACUUAAACAAAAGGUUCAGCAGUGGUAUACCGUUAUAGGUCAAGCUGAGAACCCUGACCGAUGUGCUGAGAAACUCGGGCUUUGCUCUCAGUUUUUUAAAGUUGUAGGUGAGGUCAAUCCACUUGAACAAAAAACAUUUCAUGAGUUAACAUUUUCCCAAAAAGUUUGGUUGUUGAAAGGUCUUUGUGACUUUGUCUAUGAAACACAAAGUGAAGUACAAGAUGCUGUGCUUGGACAACCAAUUCAUGAAUGUAGAGAGGUGAUUCUCGGUUAUGACGCCCAGGAAAAUGCAUACAUUCACUUUCCCCAGUUUUGUGGGGCAGAUGUGCGAGUGUACAAGCAGAGACCUUUGAAAGCCCCUGAAUUUCCUAUCCCACCAAUUAAAAUUAAAAGAACUCUGAGGGUAAAAAUGAGGAGGCCCAAAUGCAAAUACUCUAAAAAAAGAAAUGACCUUUUUAAAAAUGUUAAGAAGAUUGUAUCAUCAACUGAUCCAGAGAAAUGCUGUGAUUUUAAAGAAGAAAGUUCUUGUCAAGUGGACAACGGCAAUAGCGUCUCUGACAGUGACAUAAAGCCAGACUGUGAGCAUGAAGAUCAUAGUUGCCAUGGCUGUAAUAUGACUGUCUCUUGCAAAGAAAAUGUAGAGAAGCCUAUUAGUCCUGGGGAACUUGUGGGAUAUGGAGACCCUCUUAGUCCAGGGGAGAUUAGAAUUCUUGAAAAUGUAGAUAAAUUAGGUGAAGCAACCUUACUCAAAGCUGACACUAGCCCAUUGAAAGAAAAUGCACUUAAGACUUAUCAAGUCCAUGUGAAUGGCAGCCACACUGACAAUUCUGAGGUUAUUUGCCACAGGGUAGCAAGAGACAUUAUCUUAGACCAUCCUCUACUAAACCAUGAGCAGCUACAACUCAAUAAGAUGCGAGCUAAAAAGAAAAGGAGGAAGAAACAAAUAAAGGAUCUACUAAAUGAAAGCAUACAGGGUAAAUGUGAAAAUCUCCAAACACACACAUUCAAGUCUGAAAUUCAUAGUAAAUUGUAUCUGAACAGAAAGCAAGCCAAACACAAGAAGCACAAGUCUGGAAAAAAAUCUGUAUCUAAGAAAAUUGUGAUCAAGAAGAGGGAGAUCUCUGCAGCUUCGUCCGCUCCUCCUGAAUUCCAGCUUGUUUGUACCAAUCUUCAGGAACUAAAGGAACUGAUUAAGAAAGUAGAUGGAGAGCUGAAAUGUAUGGAAAACAAUAAAAAGAAAUCGGGAAAGUGGCACUUCAGGAGACAAGGUGUGAAAGAGCUACACAGCACCUUGACCCGUCUGCUAAACGAGCUGCUUCCAUGGGAACCAAAGCUACUAAAAGCAUUUCAGAAAAACCGGGCACGCCUCAGAAAGGAUUACGAUGAUUUUCUAAAACUGACAAAUUCAGAAAAUCUUACCAGGGAAUCAUGUAAUCGUGUAAAUUGUGAGGAUAAUAGAUCUCCAAAUUCUGCUUCUAAAAUGUCUGUUCAUUGUCAACAAGAAGCACAGAAAAAAGACUUUCCUGAAAAGCUAGUGGAAUCGGAGGUGGGAAUGUGUGGAAAAAGCAAGAUAGAUGGGCCAGAUUCUCUUUCAAAAGAAUUGCCAGGAAGAAGCUGUAAGCGCCUGAACAGACAGUGCACUUAUACAGAUAAUGAAGAAAAAAACAAUUUCCCACACAAGAGAAUAAAAUUAAGCAGUCUUGUCACUCAAGUCUCAAGUUCUUCCUCUGAAUGCAGGGCCCAUCUAAAAUGUUUAGAAGGCCAGCAGCACGUUCAACCAGGUGUUGCAGAAAUAAGGCCCAAUGUCAUGUGUGCCUCACCAUCGGAUGCUUUCAAAGGGACCAAGCCAAUACAGGCUUUAUUAGCAAAAAAUCUUGGGAACAAAGUGACCUUAACAAGCCAUCUUGAACAGACUGCUGUCAAACCUGUUUCUCAAAAUGUUGAAGUAGUCACAGCGCAGUCUACAGUACCUUGUCAGACUUUAAAAAGUCCAUUACAUAUGAUUUACAAGCUCCCAGAUGCGCACUGCAUCCCUCUUCUCCAGAACUCCCCUGUGAAGAUUCAAGUACAACCUGGAUUAGAUACUAAACCAGGAGACAAGCCUUUGCAGCAGGUACUGCUUUUGCCUAAAAACCUAUUCGUCCAGCAAAAGGAUGAAACACUAUCAAGAGAGGAUAACCUCUGUGCUCAUCCAGAUGUAUCCAACCGAAUCCUUAUGUCUAAUGUUUCAUCGCCUGUUUCUUCUAUAGGUUACGUUAAUGCAGAGAAAACAGUACAGGUUGUCUUACCUUUCAACAGCACAGUACAUUCCACAAUAUCUCAACCCCCAGUAACAACGUUUUCUUGUAGUACCUCAGGAUCACUAUGUGAACCAAGUAAAAGCAUUACUCCCAUUUUUUCUGCUAAUUUGCCAACAUCAGUGGUGCCAUCAGUUUUGACAUCACGAGUUCAGUCUGACUUUCAGUCUGAUGUCACAUCUAACACAGGCAGAAAUCUUAUGGCUAGUCACAUAUUAAAUGUAUCCAGUGGACCAAAAACGGAUGUAUCGGAAGCUAAACAGGAAUUAAAAACUGUAUGCAUUAGAGACUCCCAGUCAAUUCUUGUAAGAACUAGAGGCGGCAAUACCGGACUUGUAAAAGUACAACAAAGUCAAGAACCAGUUACUCCAGUAUCAAACUCUAUAUUUACUUUUACCCCACAGCUUCAGUCAUUCUUACUCUCAAGAUCUAAAACUGCUUCUCCCAGUUUUACUCCAGUAACUCCAUCUCCAGGCCUGCAGACAUCAUCCGUUUCUGGUGACAGAAACUAUCAGACAGAAAUAAACACUAAGUCUACACAAGUCCAAUAUCCUAGUUCACAGGUAUGUAAAACUACAGAGAAGUCAAUGCACUCUUCGAAUUUAGUCACGACUGUUUAUCCAGGUCAUUGGCCAGGUUCCCAAACUACGACUAAUAUUGCUGCAAAUAUUGUAAACAUGCCACAAGGUGGUAGUACUAUGACCAAGAAUACAAACCUGAAACAAACAGAAAAUAGUAUUUCAGUUGUUCAGCCUGACACUAACACCACUUCAAAGGGCGGGUUACUGAGUGGCUCCUCCCUCCAUAAGGUUGUAGUUAUUAAACCGCCUCCUAUUCUUCCCUCUGUAAAUUCUCCUAAAAUAAGCAUGCUGACAACGGCAACAUCAGCAGUAACGCCACAAAAGUUUGUUUUCAUCAACGCUCAAGUUCCAUCCAGUUUAUCGAGCACAAAUGUAGCACUACAAACCCCCAAAACAGCUGCUCCUUCUAUUAUUGGCAAAACGUAUGUCAAGCCCACAGAGUCUUCUCAAAUCAUUUUAAUACCUUCUACCAUGACGUCGCCAAUAAAAACAGGUUCUGCCUCUAUUGUGUCUCAAGUUAAGGAUGUCAAGAUUGGUUUAACCAUAGGACAGACUAUUGUCAAUUCUGCAAGUAGUGUAAAAAGCAUACUACCUAUUAAUAUUUUACAAAAUACAUUGAGCAAAGGAGGUGAACAUACCCAUAAAGAUUUAGCAGUUUCAAGUGUAAACUGUCAAAAUGGACAUCUCGCACGUUCAAACCUUGUACGUACUGUGCCUAUAACCAAGGCAUCGACAUCAUGUACUGUAAUGGCGACAGCAAACCCUAUCUCAACUCAGUCGAGUGGAAGUGACAUUUUAAAGACUUUGACACCUUUUUCAAAGAGUUUGUGUCCUUCCAGUGAAGGGAGUAUUGUAGCUUUCUCAACUGUGAAAACUGGACAUCUUUCAACAUCUGUUUUACUGUCGACUAAACAAUUAUCUGGACAUGCAAAGGAUUCAUCAUCUUUGCAAAUACCUGUUAAAACCACUUGUCUCGGAGAAAGUUCACACUUAAAAACUCUUAUAGCAUCUGCAUAUCGGCCAGUAACUAAGGAACUAGUGGAAAAUAGUCCAUAUGUCUCAGAAAAGCUUACUAAAAUGCUAUCAACAAAUGCCCCCAAGGCACAGGUGGCAGGGACAUCUCCUUUUAUACCUAGUUUAUGUAAAUUUGGUUCUGUGGACUCUUCGUAUCAAGCUGUACCGCCAUUUGCAUCCACUACUGUUACCCAGUUAAAGCCACAGUUGAAUGACCCCUCUACCCAUCAGAAACUGCUUAUUAAUACUAGUACACCAUUAGCACCUGGAACUCAGAUUACUAUUAAUGGUACACGUUUAAUUGUUCCUCCUCAAGGACUUGGGGUAGGAAGUCAUGUUCUGCUCCUGUCAACAAAUACUAAACCAGGGCUUUCUUUAGUUGGCGGUGGUGUGCAAUCAUGCCAUAGUUCCCUUCCUACUACAAUACAGAAAAGUCCUAUAAAUCAAAACAUGGCACCAGUACAGGCAUCAGGGCAAACCUUUAAGAAUACGUAUUCUGUCGCCAGUUCUAAAAUUCUGCCUUCAGUGCAGAAUACAACUCAGUAUAUGACACCUAGAGUUAUGUCUCCAUGUCCGGUUUCUUUAGGCGAAAGGAUUUCAACGUGUCCUGCAUUACCCAAUGUACCUCUACCUUGCAUUGGUCCAUGCAUACCACAGGGCAGCUAUCCGCAGCCAAGUAAUGAGAUGCAUUUACCUAAAAGUAUACCAGUCAAGGAACAAGCUGCUAUAAAUAUGGGCAGCACACCUUCUUCAGCUGUUUCAAAGAACAACAUGGCCGACUCUCCCCUUUUUAUGUAUCCCUCUUCAGCACCGGAAAAGCAGCACACUGUAGUAUCGUAAAUGAUAAUAAUAUGUGAUGAAAGGGUAGCUUUUUUGUGGCACUUAUUUCAUGUUGAACUGUCCAGGUUUUUUUUUUUUUUCUUUUUAUAGAUGUUUCUCAGUGUCUUCAUUGAGUUCAGUUUACACAGUUCAAAUACAUUUUAUUUUUUUUUUAUUUUUUUUUGUUCACAUUUAGUAGAGAAGACUGUGGAAUCUACUUUGAGUGAAUGAGGAUUCACUUUGAUCAGCCAGUAUAGUUUGCCAUUGAUAGUCUAGCUAUUUGCACUUCUAUUUCACUAUUUAGCAGUUUAUCUAGAGCAGUAUUUGUCUUUUUACAUUUGUAAAAAAAAAAAAAAAAUAACAUUUCCUGUUUUGUUUUUUGUUUUUUUUAGGGGGGGGUGGGGGCAUGGAUAUUUAUCAGAAGGUUUUAGACUAAAUUGUAAAAUUGUAUAUAUUCUUUACCCUUAACAUUCUUUACUAAAUAUUCUGUAUAAAGAACAUUGUCUUAUUUAUGUUUUGUUUACAUAGUGUAAAGUUUUUUAAGUAUUUUACAGAAAAGUGUACUGUUUAGC